UAUAACUGUCAAUACUCCACGCCCGCCACGAAAAUUUUCUCUCUACCACUCCUUUCCUUUUCCAAUUUUCCUCCCUAAUCUUCCCUGUAUACCACUGAUUUUCUUCUCUCUUUACUUCCCCUCCAAAACAAACAAAAUAGAUCCAUUGAAAAAAUUACUUCCCGCGGUACCUCCGGCUCCGGUGGAACAACUCUUCUCGGGCGCCAAUAAAAUGGAGUCUAUUCUGGAGGAAAAUGGGAAGUCCUCCAACUGGCUUUUUGAUUACACAUUACUUGAUGAUAUUCCAGUCCCCUGCGGCGACCUCCCUCCUCUUGAACCUAACACCUUUCACUGGACUCAACCACAUAAUGCUUUCGUCCCUCCUACCUCUCUCAGUGCGGAAUUUGACGACUCUUUUGGAAAUUCUGAUGGUGUGAGGGAGUUGGGCUCAAGGAAGAGGAUGAGGUCUGGAACUUGUGGUGCAUCUGAUUCCAAAUCCCACAAGGAGAAAAUCCGCAGGGAUAAGCUGAACGACAGGUUCCAAGAAUUGAGUUCCAUCCUCGAACCUGGAAGGCCACCAAAAAUGGAUAAGGCUGUUAUAUUGAGUGAUGCUGUUCGCAUGGUGAUUCAUAUACGGGAAGAAGCCCAGAACCUGAAAGAAUCAUACGAAAGUUUGCAAGAGAAGGUUAAUGAAUUAAAGGCCGAGAAAAAUGAGCUUCGAAGCGAGAAGUUGAAGCUAAAAACAGAGAAAGAGAAACUUGAGCUUCAGGUGAAAGCAUUGAGCACCCUCCCACCAGGAUAUUUACAUCACCCCCAUCCAAUUCCCGCACCAUUUGCAGCCUCACUUCCAGUUGUUGGCCGCAAGUUGGUGCCUUACGGUGGAUACCCUGGAAUUCCAAUGUGGCAAUACAUGCCACCUACCGCUGUUGAUUCUUCAGAGGGUGACGCUCUUCCUCCAGUUGCUUGAGUUUUGGUCGUUCUGCUUGAGUUCUGUGUCGACAAAAUUGUUGACAUUUCUUUUUCUCAAGGAUUUUUGAGGCUGGUGAUGUAGACAGAUGAUGAUUAUUUUGGAGAAACUAACAACUUCUAUUGACUCCUAAAAUAACGGUUGUACUUGUUAACAAAACCAGAUAAUUUUGCUGUUUCAGUAA